UUCAAAAAUGAAAAUAUAUGCUAUGAACGAAAUCGAAAUUGGUGGCUGUUAUUUGGGAUUAUUAUAAUUCUUACAAUUGGAACUAGAUUUUAUAAAGUUACAGAGCCACAACAUGUCUGCUGGGACGAAACUCAUUUUGGUAAAAUGGGAAGUUGGUAUAUAAAUAGGACAUUUUUCUUUGAUGUACAUCCUCCUCUUGGAAAAAUGCUUAUUGCAUUAUCUGGGUAUUUAACUGGUUACAAUGGUACAUUUGCAUUUGAAAAGCCAGGUGAUAAAUAUGAAAAUGUCAAAUAUGUUGGAAUGAGAAUAUUUUGUACAUUAUUAGGUGCUACUACAGUACCCUUAUCAUUUCUCACAGUAUGGGAUUUAACGAAAUCUACUCAUGCAGCAACGCUUUCUGCAGUAUUUAUUCUUUUUGAUGUUGGUCUAUUGACUUUAAAUCAGUAUAUUCUUCUGGACCCAAUAUUAUUAUGUUUUAUGAUGUGUGCAACUUGGGGAAUGACUCGUAUUGGUUCUCUUCGUCAUCAACCAUUUACAUCUUCUUGGUGGAGUUGGCUAAUAUUUACAGGUGUAUCCCUUGCGUGCACAAUUAGCGUUAAAUUUGUUGGUCUGUUUGUUGUCAUGCUUGUUGGUCUUUAUACCAUAAACGAAUUAUGGCGAGAAUUAGGGGACUUAACGAAACCCAUUUCUUAUGUGAGCAAACAUUUGAUAGCAAGAUUUUGUUGUCUUAUUAUGUUACCAGUAUUUCUUUACAUGUUAUUUUUCUACAUUCAUCUUCAAGUUUUAAAUAAAAGCGGAAGUGGAGAUGGAUUUUAUAGUUCGGAAUUCCAAUCAUUAUUAAAAGGAAAUUCUUUGUACAAUGCAACUAUGCCACGACAAUUAGCAUAUGGUGCUACUAUUACUUUAAAAAAUCAUCGUACAGGUGGAGGAUAUUUACAUUCUCAUUGGCAUUUAUAUCCUGAAGAAGUUGGUGCCAGGCAGCAACAGAUUACAACUUAUUCCCAUAAAGACGAUAAUAAUCUUUGGUUGAUAAAAAAAUAUGAUACCGAUGACAUUCCGUCUGAACCAGUAUUGGUAAAACAGGGUGAUCUUAUACGUUUGGAACAUGUUAUUACAAAACGGAAUUUACAUUCUCAUAAAGAAAUUGCACCUAUUUCUAAAAAACAUUAUCAAGUAACAGGAUAUGGCGAGAAUGGUACAGGAGAUGCCAAUGAUGUUUGGAAAAUAUUGAUAGCAAAUGGUAAAGAUGGUGAUAUAGUUGAAACUGUUACAAGUAAGUUAAAAUUUGUUCACUAUCUUCAUCAUUGCGUAUUAACAUGUAGCGGAAAGACAUUACCAAAAUGGGGUUAUAAUCAACAAGAGGUUUCAUGUAAUCCAAAUAUGAGAGACAAAAAUGCAUUAUGGAACAUAGAAGAUAAUAAUUAUACUAAAUUACCCAAUGUAAGUUUCCAAGUUUAUGCACCUGGAUUCCUUGAUAGAUUUUUGGAAUCACAUGCUGUCAUGUUGCAAGGAAAUUCAGAUCUCAAAGUGAAAGAAGGAGAAGUAUCUUCACAACCUUGGCAAUGGCCUAUUAAUUACAGAGGUCAAUUCUUCUCUGGCAAUAAUCAGAGGGUCUAUUUGCUUGGUAAUCCUGUUAUAUGGUGGGGAAAUAUAAUAUUCCUUAUAAUGUUUAUUAUGUUAUACAUACAUGUGUGUAUAAGAGAACAAAGAGGUUGCAUUGAGGAUGCUUUAACACUUCAACAAAGGGAGAAAAUAAUGGAAGCAGGGAAAUGGCUUUUUGUUGGAUGGUUUUUACAUUAUGCACCAUUUUGGGCUAUGAGUAGAGUAUUAUACUUCCAUCAUUAUUUUCCAGCAUUGCUAUAUAGCUCGAUGUUAACUGCCGUUACUUUAAAUUACAUCGUCGAAAGUUUACAAAUAUUAUUGCCUAAUAAAGUAGGAAAUACUAUUUAUCAUACUAUAAUGGGCAGCGUUAUUUCUAUAACGAUAUAUAGCUUUUAUUUAUUUUCACCAUUGGCUUAUGGAAUGGAGGGGCCUGCUGCGUCUGAUCCUGAAAGCUCUAUGCAUUCUUUGCGAUGGAUGGAUUCUUGGGAAUUUUAAAUUUUUUACAAUUUUUUCAUGUUUUUCUUUUACACCUACUUAUACAAGGUGAUAGAAAAAUUCUCGUUAAUAAGAAUGAAAUUAAAUUUAUACUACUUAUAAUAGUGACGCAAACAAUACUCAUUUUGUUUCAUAUAUAAAAAUAAUAAAUAUUUUUAUGAACUUUUUAUACAUAAAAAAGAAAUAUUUUUACAUAAUAAUGUU